AUGGCGCCGCGGCCCGAGGCGCCCAAACGUUUCCGUGUCACACGAAGCAGAAUGGAGUCACUGAAUUUGUGCUGUUUUUUUGUUUCAUCCAGGUUCCAGUUGAACAAGAAGCCGAAGGUUUGGAGAGACUCGUUUCUGGUGGAGAGAGGGAAGCUGCUGCACCAGCGUGUCGAGGGAAAGGAAGUGUCGCAGGAGGAGAACUUCCUGCCCAAACACCAACGAGUAAAAGACCUCUGUCAGAGAGCCGAGUACCAGACGCCCUGCCAGCAGAUUGGACAGAAGUGGCAGUGUGUGGAGGACGCCACGGGUAAACUCCGGCUCUACAAAUGCAAGAACGAAGGGGGAGGAGCCAAGAACUUCCAGAGGGGCCUCGCCAGUCGUCAGCGUCCACUCAGCAUCAAGUCUCAGCUGUACCAACGCAACUCGGACGCCUGCGACUGCGACUUCCGCGACCUCCGACCUCUGAUCCCGAGACUCUCCACCAUGAGGCCGUUCAACAAGAAGCCGUUCUUCUCAAAGAAAAAGUUCAAAGCUUUGAAGAGUUACUCCAGAAACCGUUACAGCCGCUCCGCGUCCAUGACCAACAGUUACCCCGGUAACCACAGCAUCGCGGACAAGUCCACCUGGGCUCAGCCAAUCAGGGAUGAGCCUGAGGACGAGUUCAGCGGGAUGGGAGGAGUUCCCAACACCAUGGCCCCACCCAACUCCCACAAAGUCACACACAGAUGCUCCAUCCUGUCCAACGCCACGGUCAGGUGUGACACAGGAGUGUAUCAGUCUCUGCAGGCCUGGAAGGACCACAAGCUGCACAUCGACCACGAGAUUGAGACGCUGCAGACGAAGAUAAAGAACCUGAGAGAGGUCAGAGGUCACCUGAAGAAGGCUCGUCCGCUCCAGUGUGACUGUAAUAAAUACCUGUAUAAAUCCAAACUGAAGAAUAAGCUGCGGUUCAGAGGAGGAGGACACCCAUUCAGAAAGGGCGGGGCUCGGGACAAGAAGGCGUGGCUUCUAAAGGAGCAGAAGAGGAGAAAGAAAAUGAGGAAGAUGAUCAAGAGGAUCAGAAACAACGACACGUGUUCGAUGCCUGGACUCACCUGCUUCACACACGACAACCAGCACUGGCACACUGCGCCCUACUGGACACUGGGUCCGUUCUGCGCCUGCACCAGCGCCAACAACAACACCUACUGGUGUCUGAGGACGAUUAACGAGACCCACAACUUUCUCUUCUGUGAGUUUGCCACCGGCUUCCUGGAGUACUUCGACCUCAACACAGACCCAUACCAGCUGAUAAACGCCGUCAGCUCUUUAGACCGGACGGUCCUCAACCAGCUUCACGUUCAGCUGAUGGAGCUCAGAGGCUGCAGAGGACACAAGCAGUGUAACCCUCGCACACGCUCGCUGGAGCAAGGAGGGCGGGAACACGGCAGCUUCGAUGACUACAGGGUGUUUGAGAGGAAGAAAUGGCCGAGAGUCAAGAAACCUUCGUCGUCUCGAACCCUAGGUCCGAUCUGGGACGGCUGGAAGGGCUGAGCCUCCUGAUUGGCUGAAGCAGGCUCCUGACUCCACCCACAGCAGCCUGAAGGAGCAGGGCGUGGUCGUCGAAACGGAGGCGGCGCCGGUCGACGACCACGACCCCGUCUCAACCGGUCAGCCAAUCAGCUUCUGCUAUCUGUGUGACAUCGCCCGGUCCUCCCACCCCGCUGCUCAGGGAGACGCUGGGACCAAACACUCUUCAUCAGCUGCUCCUCCUCACCUUCUCCUCUGAGGAGGGCAGCAGAAGGAGGCGAGGACGAGGAGGACGAGGACGCGGUGAUGAAGAGGAGGAGGAGGAGGAGACGAGGAAAAUGUGGUCGCUGCGAUCUCGGUGAAUAAACUCCACAGUCGACCGUAAAAUAUCAGCAAAGCCGUUUUUUAGAGAAAAACUCGGAUAUUUAUCUGAUUUUUAACUCGUUUCUGUCCGAAAGUUAAUUCCUCUGAUUCUUUUUUUUUUUUUUAACGUGAACAAAAUCUGCACGUUCAGUCUGAAUAUUUCUUCGUGCUUCUGAUGGAAAUCAUCUUGUUUCAGUUAUUUUGCAAAACUAAGUUUAACUCUUUGAAUCCUGGAAAUAAACCUGCUAACGUUUCGGACAUCCAUCGCCAUGGUUACUGAGUUACUAGGAUGUUACCGCAGAACAUCACUGAGUGGAAAUGCAGUCAUCUCACAGUUGUGUUUAAUCGAAAUUUCGGAAAAAAUACCCGCCUGUCGCGAUCUGAUCACUUUAACCACACACCGAGGUGGCGUUUAACGGUUCGCUCAAAUCACCGAAAUGCACCUUAAAACUGAGUGUAAUCAGAUUCUGGGUUAAAAUUAUAUAUCAGAUCAUGAAAUGAAGUGUUUUUUGGGAGUUUCCAGAGCGCGACCUUUGACCUACAUGAAGAGAAAGCAACAAUUCAUUUGUGCUUUCAGUGUUAAAUACACUUUUAUUACCGUCAUUAUUCUGGCUAAAAAGCUGAAAAGAUAUCGUUAGUUUUUUGAGUAAAAACAUAAAAUUCAAACAGUGCAAAAUCUCCAAACAUCUCCUCCUCCUCCUCCUCCUCCUCCUCCUCCUCCUCCUCUUCUUCUUCUUCAGGUGACCUCCCGGCGGCCAUAUUUGUUCUACGUGUCCAUAUUUAGUCUUUCUAACAGACAUUAAAGGAGCUCCUCCUGUUUCUUCGUUACUAAAAUCAGACUGAGACGUCGAACACUGUGACAUCACUGCUGAUGUCAUUUCUUCCAUUUUUUUAUUUUUAUUUUUUUUAUUUCUUCCACUAACUUGAGCGUUGGUUACCGUGGCGACCGACAACUUUACUGACGACAGAGCUACAGUUGUACUAACCUGGUGACUGCCUACAGUACCCACGAUGCAACUCGGCAGCCCUGAAGAGAACGGUGGCGAGAACAUUUCGGAUUAAAACACAGAAAGAGCAAACGAGGAUUUUUUUAAAAAAGGACUUGAAAGGACUCGUGAGCCAAUCAGAAGAGGACCACGUGCUGAUGUCAUUGGGUCCAGAUCUUGUUACAGCUGUUUUGUGGAGGAAUAAUCUUUUCUUUUCAUUUUUUACUCGUGUUAAUCAUCAAACAUCAUUGUCAGAUCUCCUUCCUCCUGCACACGCCUUCUCCUCCUUUUCAGUUGUUUCCAGCUGAUUUCUCCUUUUUUUUUUUUGGUGUUUUUUUUUUUUUUGUCGUCAGAUUUUCUCCCUCGCCCAAAUCAAACAACGACUGGUCAGAAAUGUCCAGAGUUUUAAAUUAGGACACGUAACGUAUAAAUUGUAAAAUAUAACUGUAGAAAAACACGACUGGAUUCACACACGAAGCAAAAACAAGACUUCAGACUCUGCACACGUCUGCUCCUCCGGCGGUUUCUGCCUUCUUUAUUCGAUCCAGCACAGACGGGAUUUGAUCCUCGGGCUGACAUUUUUUAAAACUUGAAUAUGAACACAUCAGAUGUGCGUCAGUGUUAAAAUCACCUCUCAGAUACUCUUACACUGUUACAUCCAAACAUCAACAGCUGCGAAACAAUCAGCUUUGGUGCUGAACUGUUGUCAUUUUUUAUUUUUUAUUUUUGGUAUCUCGGUCUUGCUGAAUCCUGCCUUGGUUUGUUAUUUCCUACAAUUCCCAGAAUGACUUUCAGCAACAUGCAGUGAAGGUGGUUUUGCACCAUUAGCACGCCGUCGUACUCAAAUUGCUGAUUCAUGUGGUAAAUAGAUAUAGAAAUAUUGCAGUUUGAUCAUUUGUACUAUCAAUUUAAUGUUCUUCUCCCUGAAUAACUAAAAGUCACUCAAAGUUGGAGUCACCGUGAUUACUGAUACGGAUUUUUUUGAUGUGUCAUCCAGGAUUUCACAGUUAAACAACCCCAAAAUAUACACUGAAGAGAUUUUAAAGAUGAGACGCUGUUUACCGACCAAAAACCCCUCAAGUACAUCCGGACAUAUCGCUCCAAAAUCUGAAUCUAGUUUAACCAAACUGAAGUCGUGAGAGUUCGGAUGGGAAAAAGACACGUCGGUUUGCGGGGAUGAUUCUGCAGGUAUAAUGUCGUGUUUUUGGGCUGCAAAGCGGCACAACUGUCAUCUCUGGUUUCAGACCGUCUUAUUAUUGUCACAGCCAGCGCUCACAAUCUGUAAGUAACAAAUGUAAGUGCACCCUUCGUAGGUCCGAGGUGUGCUCAGGUGUAGGUCCGAGGUGUGUUCAGGUGUAUUGUCUGCAGCAGAAAACAUUUGGACCAUUGAGCACCAAAGUCGUGAUCUUAAGUUAAAAAUGGUGCAAUAUUUCCGUGCUAUAGAGACGGUGCAUUACUCAGAUAGUAGGUUGUGUCUGCUUGUUACACACAGAGACGCACAGACAGGUUGCAACUGGGUGAAAUAAUCCAUCAUUAAUGAAGAAAAUAUUACCAUCAUUGUGUAAAAUGUGAACAUAGCAGAGAGCAGAGCGGAGCUGCUGUCACGUGAUUGCAGUUUUACAAAAUAUGUGGGUCAUGUACAGAUUCCUGGCUCAGGAUUACAUGGGAUCUGUACAAAUAUGGGUGCAGUACUUUUCACAAACCGUUUAUAAGAAACAUAAAAUGUGAACGUAGCAGAGAGAAGAGCAGAGCUUCUUACACAUUAAGAGAUACAUUUUGUACAUUUACAAAUGAGGAGCAGCAAAACUUUAAUCCUGUUUUCUUUGUGAAGUUUAAAACUACAGUUUUAAUUUUGAUAUUUCCUGCAGCGACCGCUCUGCUCUGACCGCUGCAUUCUCUGCAGGAAACGGAUCGCUGCUGUAAUUUGACAGAUCUGCCAUGUAAGCAGCGAAAGCAUCUGAAUGUCAAAGGAAAUGUGAGACGACAAACUGAAUCGUUGAAUAGACGUUAGGCCCAGAACACACCUGUGAUUCAUUAAGGGACUUAAGACAAAAGCCUUUGCCUCUUGCUCCUCAUUGUUCAAAUACGUUACGUGACGUCUGACGAGCGAAUGUGAAGUUGCGCUGAGCACUUUGGUCCAUAUGCUAUAAUUUGGAGCCCUUUGUGUUAAAGGAACCAGGAAAAUUGUAAGAAUAAAUUAUGAAAUUGAGGUAAUCAAAUACACAAAUUUGUGAUUUCAGAGAACAUUUUCCCUCGUUUUUGCAGGGUGUUGGUAAAUGCAGGCGCCCUCUUGUGAACGCUGUGUUGAGCACAUUUUCUGAGCUGUUGGUUUGUGGCGGCAGAAGUCUCUCUGUUUCUUCUUCUACGAUGUAUUAAGUCUUUCAGUUUUGACCGACACCAACACUUAUUUUUUCGGUAAUAUUUCUGCUGUCGCACCUCAUUUUGACCUCAAGUUGUUGAUGUGAGGAAACAAGCUGCACUAUGAUGCUCGAACAGUGUAAAAGUGUUUCAGGGUGAUUUCUUCCUUCCUGUGUGAGUGCAGCCGACCGACCUGCUGUCUGUAGUUUUUAUUUUAUUAUUUUAUUUUUUUAACCCCAAAUGUAUUUGCUCUGCGGUGCUAUUUGCUGUCUAACAACUAUCUAGGAAAGAAAAAAACUCCUGGUUGUGUUUGAAUGUAUUUGUAAAUGUUUAGGUGUGUUUUCUAAAGACAAGCACUCGAAUCGGACCGUUCUGGACCAGCGAGACUUCAGGUCAGAGUUCUGGUUCUGAACUGCACACACGCGCGCACACACACACACACACACACACACACACCGAACACACACACACACACAGAUACACACACACUGAAGGACAAACUGCUGAGCACUUUGAUUGGAGGACGGAGCGAUGGACCAGUGGAGGGUUCAUGGUGACACAGGAAGUGACGACACGUGACGUGAUCCUGCCGUGUGCAGCCGGUUAACACUGAUCUAACACACCUGUACAGUCACCCACUGACCUGGAUACAGUGAUUGGUUUUAGUUUGUGAAUAAAGUGUCGAAUGCCAAAAUGUA